AUGUUUUCGCGAAUUGCUGCUCGAUCUCGAGCUGUUCGACUUAAUCAGGUCGCCAAGACUCAGACUCGAAACCUCUCUCUCCACGAGUUCCGAUCCGCCCAGAUCCUCCAGAACUACGGUAUCGAUGUCCCCAAGGGAGGCGCCGCCACUACCCCCCAGCAGGCUGAGGAUAUUGCCAAGAAGCUUGGAUGCGAGGAUAUGGUCAUCAAGGCUCAGGCUCUGACCGGUGGCCGAGGUAAGGGCCACUUCGACAACGGCCUCAAGGGCGGUGUCAAGCUCAUCUCCUCCCCCACCGAGGCCAAGAUGUACGCCGAGCAGAUGCUCAACCACAAGAUCUUCACCAAGCAGACCGGUCCCCAGGGUAAGCCUGUGACUGCCGUCUACGUUGUGGAGCGAGAGUUUGUGCGACGAGAGGCCUACGUUGCCAUCCUCAUGGACCGAGCCACCCAGAAGCCUAUCAUUGUCGCUUCUUCCCAGGGAGGUAUGGACAUUGAGGGUGUUGCCGCCGAGAACCCCGAUGCCAUCCACACCUUCCCCGUUGACAUCCACACCGGUGUCACCGACACCCAGGCCAUUGAGGUCGCCAAGGCCCUCGGUUUCUCCUCCAAGGCCACCCAGGAGGCUGCUGACGACAUCAAGAAGCUCUACAAGGUCUUCACCGACAAGGACGCCACCCAGAUCGAGAUUAACCCUUUGUCUGAGACCACCGACCACCGAGUGGUUGCCAUGGACGCCAAGCUCGGCUUCGACGACAACGCCUCUUUCCGACAGGAGGAGGUCUGGUCCUGGAGAGAUCUGACCCAGGAGGACCCCGAGGAGAUUGAGGCUGCCAAGCACGGUCUUAACUUCAUCAAGCUCGACGGAAACAUUGGCUGUCUUGUCAACGGAGCUGGUCUCGCUAUGGCCACCAUGGAUAUCAUCAAGCUGUACGGAGGUGAGCCCGCCAACUUCCUCGACUGUGGUGGAGGAGCCACUGCCGACGCCAUCAAGAAGGCCUUCGAGCUCAUCACUUCCGAGCCCGGUGUCACUGCUAUCUUCGUCAACAUUUUCGGUGGUAUUGUCCGAUGUGACAACAUUGCCAAGGGUCUGAUUGCUGUUGCUCAGAACAUGAACCUCAACAUUCCCAUUGUUGCCCGACUCCAGGGAACCAACCUCGCCGAGGCCCAGAAGCUCAUUUCCGACUCUGGCCUCAAGAUUUUCUCUUUUGGCGAUCUUGAUGAGGCUGCCCAGAAGGUCUGCCAGCUCUCCAAGGUUGUUGAGAUGGCCCGAGAGAUUGACGUUAACGUCUCCUUUGAGCUGCCUCUUUAA